AUGGUCUCUCUCUUUCUCUCUCUCUGUCUCUCCCUCUCUCUCUUUCUCUCUCUCCCCCUCUCUCUCUCCCCCUCUCUCUCUCUUUCUCUCUCCCCCUCUCUCUCUCUUUCUCUCCACACACACACACACACACAUAUAUAUAUAUGGGGGCAGCCAACGCACGCAGUUCAACAACAUACUUCAGAUGCAGCUGGCAAAAUUUUCACGGACGCAAUCGAAAACUCGUUCGUGAGAGAGGACACAGCCAGGGCAUACCCAACCACUCUGAAGGCAUUCAAUGCAGCACAAGGAUGGCUGCACGAAAGGCUGGCAACCUCUCGGGAAAAUGAAUGGAAGAUAUGUAGGACCUCCCAUUCGAUAGGGAACGGUGGAGGUUGGUGGGAAAUCAAAAACCCCACCCCGCAGAGAAGCCAGAGUCAUGCCCAGUUCCUGGCAGACCGAUGUUGGGGAUGCGGUCGACUGGUGAUGUGGAGGGGCCCUUACGUGCCAUAA